UAGAAUGGGAAAAUUUACUGUACUGCAAUAAAAAACACUGACUCAAAUCAUACAGAAUAUAUUACUUUACAAAAUAAGCAGUUUUUCAUUAGUGAUGGCAAAUAUUAAUUCAACCCCGGGGAAUUAGUUCUUAGGGUCGCCUCAAACAGUUGUAGUUUAAAACUGAAAAAUAAGUUUUCUUUUCAAAUUUUUGACCUAUUUAGUACUAAGCAAAACUGUACAAAGCUUAAAAAAGAACGUUUCGGCCUCUCGGAUAACCUCUACACUCUUAAUCUUGGAGAACCACUGGCAGUAUGGCUACUAUGACGAUGAGUAGUGGAGUGACAGUGGAGAUGAAGAGGACAGCCUUCAACGAUUUGAGUGUUCGCAGCAGUCGGCGCAUUCUCCAGUUGUGUGAGGAGAGCCAGAAUAAUGCGACACAUACUCUGGUUGCUCUGGACCAUCAGGGAGAACAACUCAAUAGCAUCGAGUCACAUUUGGGAUGUCUUCAUGACGACCUCCGACUGGCGGAGGACAAACUGAGCACAGCAGUGGCCAGAUACGACAAGAGUCGCUACAAACACGGACUCUGUGGACUCGAACACAUAUUUCUCAGAGUGCGCAGACGGCUGCUGAUUUGCUUCAACAUGUCUCCCCGCAAAGCCAGUAUCUUUCGAGAAUCCGCCCGGGGAAGCAACAACAACAACAGCAACACCACCAACAAUAAUAAAAAUAACAACAACCACAAUUCAGCCGGCUGUCUAGGAGCUCAAUGGGAAAAACUGGAAGCGGCGCUCAGCGGUUCAACCAAUGACCAGGGAAGCAACAACUCACAUCAAGCGACGCACAGUUUCAUGCGAAGGACUUCCUCUCUCAAUAGCCGAUUCUCAUCCGGGCCAAAUAUACCUACUGACAGUUGUCACAAUAACUUCACUACCUUAGUACCGGGCGACAGCACAGCCGACAGAGAAAUUGAAGAAAAUUUCGGCAAAAUAUCAGAUAUGGUGUCUAACCUGAAGCAGAUGUCACUGGACAUCUCAAGUGAAUUGACCAAUCAGAACUCUCAAACGGAGCGACUGGCGAAAAAAAUAUGCGUGAACAGAAAUCAAGUGGAGAAGGCAAACAGAAAAGCUGACAUUCUAUUACACUGAAGUUGACUCUAAUUUAUUAAGUCGGCUCUAGUUGCUGUUGUUUAUUUUAAAAAUUAUAGUAUUUUUUAUUUUUAGUUUCUCUAUUUAUGUUUGAAAAAAUC